UGGGAAACCUUUAAAUAGGAACAAAUAGCCAUCCCUACCGCAUAAGAGCGAAAUAGAAGAGAAGAAACAGAGUUUGUUGAAUCAGAACACGAUGGUUUCAUCAGGAGGGAAAUGGCUAGGAUUUGUGACAGCCAUAUGGGUUCAAGCAAUCAGUGGAAACAAUUACACAUUCGCCAAUUAUUCUCACGCAUUGAAGAGUCUAAUGGCACUCACACAGCUUGAGCUUAACAAUCUCUCUGUUGCUAAAGACGUUGGUAAGGCCUUUGGUCUUCUCUCUGGUCUCGCCUCUGAUCUUUGGCCGCCUUCUGUCAUUCUCCUCAUUGGAGCUUUCAUGGGGUUCAUUGGCUAUGGAGGUCAAUGGCUCGUUGUUAGCCAGAGAAUCGCUCCUCUCCCUUAUUGGCUUAUGUGUGUGUUGUUAUGUUUGGGAGGGAAUAGUUCAACCUGGAUGAACACAGCUGUUCUAGUGACUUGUAUGAGGAAUUUCCCUCAAAAUCGAGGUCCAGUUUCUGGGAUUCUUAAGGGCUAUGUAGGUCUCAGUACUGCAAUUUUCACCGACACAUGUACAGCUCUUUUUUCCUCAUCUCCUUCUCCAUUUCUCCUCAUGCUCACAAUUGUUCCAGCUAUUAUCUGCUUCAUUGCUUCUCUUGCCCUUCAUGAAACCCAGCCAGCUUCAAAUUCUGCAGAAGUCAAGCAAGAAACCCAAUUCUUCAAUUUGUUCAACAUUAUUGCUGUCACAGUAGCUUUUUACCUCUUGGCAUAUGACAUCACUGGACGCCAUGGCCGUCUUCUUUCAUUGCUUUUCACCUUGGGGCUUCUUAUUUUACUAGCCAUGCCACUUCUUGUUCCUUUGUGUCCAUUUAUCUUCAAAUCAAACCUCCUUGUUUCUGAUGCUGAACAGCAGAUUGAUGAACCAUUGCUUGCUGAAAAUAAAGUAGAGAAACAAGAUGGUUCUGUAAGUGGAAGUGUUACGGUGGAAAAGCAAGUUGAAGUAAACCGACAACAACCCAUGAUAGGAGAGGAACAUACAGUCGUUGAAAUGGUUAAGACAAUUGAUUUCUGGUUCUUGUUUAUGUCUUUUCUAUGUGGGGUUGGAACGGGAUUGUGUGUGAUGAACAACAUGGGACAGAUUGGAUUGGCAAGUGGUUACACUGAUGUUUCUAUAUUCAUAUCAUUUAUAAGCAUCUGGGGAUUCUUUGGACGCAUUAUUUCUGGCACACUCUCAGAGUACUUUAUCAAGAAAUCAGGCAUGGCAAGGCCAUUUUGGAACGCAGGUUCACAAAUAUUAAUGGUGGUGGGCUUCAUGGGAAUGGCAAUGGCAUUACCAGGAUCAAUUUACAUAGGAUCAAUCAUAGUUGGAAUAUGUUAUGGGGUUCGUUUGACUAUUACAACAGCAUCAGCUUCAGAAUUAUUUGGGUUGAAGUACUAUGGUUUAUUAUACAACAUUCUGAUUCUGAAUCUUCCUCUUGGUUCUUUCCUAUUUUCUAGUCUUAUUGCUGGGAAUUUGUAUGAUGCUGAAGCUGCUAGGCAAAAUGGAGGAGGAAACACUUGUAUUGGAUCACAAUGUUACAUGCUUGUGUUUGUGAUUAUGGCUCUUGUUUGUGUCAUUGGAUUUGGGCUGGACUUAGUGCUAGCUAUUAGAACUAAGAAAAUCUAUUCCAAGAUCCAUCAGGAGAAGACAUCAUAAAAAACAUUUAGGUUUUUUUUGAGAUUUGAAAAUUUAGCUGGAUAAUAUUACUGUAAAAUUUGUGUGUGUAUACCCGUUGUUUACUCUUACUUUUUGGUUUUUUUUGGGACCAUAUUUGGUUGAAGGUAUUGUGAUUAUAUUAUCUUCAACUCAAAUCACCAAACUGA